GCUCUCCCAUCAUUGCUGCUGCACAAGCGCUGAGAGCUUGGACGCGUCUUCUGACACCCCCUCUUCCCCAAGGACUACUUUACCAUCCUCAAUCCCGCCCCCGAGUCCCAAUGGUUACCAUGGCGUCGAACGGGCUGGCAGUGGCGGUUCCCCAGAACUACGUCGAGAAUGGAAGGCUCUAUCACGGUUACCGGCGAGGCAUUUACAUGUAUCCUUGCGACGAGCAAGAAAAGGAUCGCAUGGACAUCUACCACAAGCUCUUCCUCGUCGCGCGCCGCGAAGCUUUGCAUCAUGCCCCCCUGAUGGCAAACUACCAACCGCGCAUUCUGGACGUCGGUUGCGGGACCGGUAUAUGGGCCAUUGACAUAGCCGACAAAUAUCUCGAAGCAGAGGUUCUGGGUCUGGAUUUGGUCAACAUUCAACCCGACAAAAUUCCCCCCAAUCUUCGCUUUCGCGUCCCACGCGACUACGAAAGCCCCUGGUCUCUCGGUGAAGACUCGUGGGACCUGAUACACUUGCGCAUGGCCUGCGGUAGCGUCUCAAGUUGGCCCGAACUGUACCAGAAGAUCUUUGCCCACCUAAAACCAGGCUACGGAUGGAUCGAACAGGUCGAGAUCGACAUACAACCGCGUUGUGACGACAAUACCCUCUCACCCGACUCGCCGUUGGUGAAAUGGUAUGAAUACCUCGCCGACGCAACGGAGCGUGCCUCCCGACCGAUCGCAUACAAUCACAAUACGCGCCAAAUGCUGCAGGCGUCUGGUUUCAUCGACAUUCAGGAGACCAUCAUCCGCGCCCCGUACAACAGUUGGCCGGCGGAUCCACACCAGAAAGAGAUUGGGCGGUGGUACAACCUGGGCAUUAGCGAGGGCCUGGAGGCGCUCAGCCUGGCACCGUUGACAAGGGUGUACCGCUGGGACGCGCAGCAGCACGUCAGGCCUCUCUGCGAGGCGGCCGUUAGGCAAAUAAUGUCGAGGAAAAUCCAUGCGUACAACAACAUACAUAUCUGGACGGCGCGGAGGCCCGGGCAUUGAUGCGUUUUGCUAUGCAUCUAACGAAUUGACGACCGCAACAGUAAUAACUAAUGUACUAUGGCAUUGCUUUCGGCUUCGGAAUGUUUUCAGUACAGCGAUUCCGCCGCCAAGUCCCUUUUUCGGCCAAAUCGAUAUUCUUGGAGGAAUGAGAUGCUGACGGCAGCGGCAAAAAACGGCGCAUUCCAGCGUCCCAAGAAGCUCCUCUUGCCCGAUGCCGCGGAAUCGGCGGGCCCGAUUCCGCUGGUGGCCUUCCCGAAGCUUUUUCCUGGUCAUCUGGUCUACAGAAAAAAAUAAAAAAGCUCAGCAUGAUGGUACAGCGUGCAAGCGGGCGUUUUCAGGAGCAC